AUGAGCCCAACGGUCAUCCACUCCGUUGACUUGUUCGACGGCCAUACCACACAUUCGGACGCGACUGUCAUCUUUGAUCCGGAAAGCGGCAAGAUCACGUCCGUCUCGACCGGCUCUAGCCAUGCUCAACACCCAUCCGGUGCCACCGUUAUCGAUGGCAAAGGUCAUACUUUGCUUCCAGGCUUGAUAGAGUCACACAUGCAUUGUCACGGGCUGCACUUACCGCCAGGAGGAAGCAUGAAAGAUAUCUUAAGAUCCCCUUUGAAGAGCGGCGUCACCACUGUCUGCGACAUGCAUUCCGACCCGGAUUCUGUCAACACUCACAGAAAUGCGAUCGCUGAUGAACUCGAGAAGGCCAAGUCCGGAGGCACUGUCACGCUAUCUGACCUCAAGAGCUCGAUGCUGAGUGCCACGAUCGAAGGCGGGUGGCCUAAGCCGAUCGUUCUUAGUGGCCACCCAACGGAAGAGGUCAUGGAAAUGGUCAAGAAGUGGCCCGAUCUGAAGCCGCAGGACGCAGCAGAAUUUGUCAAAACCCAAAAAGCCAAUGGAGCGGACUACAUCAAGUUGAUGCAGGAGAACUGCUGUUCGCUUGCUAUUCCUACAAAUUCGGUUCCCGUAGCCACCCUCGAGCUUCAGACCGCUGUUGUGAAGGCUGCUCACGAUAAUGGUCUUCCUUGCGUUGGACAUGCUUUGAGCGUGGACAUGACUGAGGUUAUCCUCAAUUCUGGAGCUGACGGUCUUACCCACACCUUCGUUGACCAACCCCCACCCCAAAGCAUCAUCGACCUCUACAAGAAGACUGGCGCAUUUGUGAUUCCCACCUUGACUGUUUUAGCUAGUCUGACGGCUGAGCUGCAGGACUGGAGAGACAGGUUUGCAGAAGUUGCGCACAAGAAGGGGAUCGUCGACGACUUCGCAAAGCAAAACAUGAAAGAGCUUCUCGGCAUGAAGGAUCCGGCUGCUCAGUUGGACUACGCCUUUCAGACGAUCAAAAAGCUGAAGGAAGAAGGAGUCGAUGUUCUUGCUGGGACUGAUGCCGUGGCUGGCUUAAAGGGAACAGGUAUUGGGCCGAGCCUGUGGAUGGAGCUGGAGUUGUACGUUGACAAAUGUGGCUUUACUGCCACAGACGCCCUUCGGGCGGCCACGGCGGUGCCGGCCAAGAGAUUCGGAUUCAGCGAUCGCGGAGAAGUAGCAGAAGGCAAACGGGCUGAUCUUGUACUCGUGAAGGGCGAUGUCACCAAGAGACUACAGAGUCUGUGGGAAGGCGAAGGCAUCGUUGGAGUCUGGAAGGAGGGUUUCAAGGCUGCUUGA